AUGUUUUACAGCAGAUCAAACCCAAAGUUAUCAGAUUGUUAGAAUAAACUAAAUACAUCAUCGUAUUCAAGUAAAUCACGUGGAUCUUUUAAGGAAAUUUCACCUGAAACUAGAAGUAAAGCCUCAUCAAAUAUCAUAGAUAUUACUCCUAGCAAUCCAAAUAGACCAUUAACUGCUCGAAAUGAGUAUACAAAUCCAUCAAAGGUGAAGCAGUUACUAAAUAACUUGAUACAGGGUGAAUAAAGCAAGACCUCUACGCAAUUAUUUGGAUAAAGCUUAUUUCAAAAAAAAUAAGUUGAUAGCAGAUCAAGCAGAGGUGAUAGCUUAUGUAAAUUAAAAUUGAUUUUCAUAGUGUCUAGUAGAAUAAGUAAUUUUGGAAAACAGAAUGUAAAGUCACCUUAAAAUAAUGAAACUUUUCUAAAGUCAGCCUUCAUAAUCCCUGAUACUAGUCGAGAUUAAGACAAGAAACCAUAUCAAAACUUAUACUAUUAAUCUAAUAAACAACAUGAUAAUAAUACAUCCUAGUAAAAAUCUAACAAAAACUCAAAAUUGCUGACAAUCUCUUAAAUUGCUCAACAGUGUAAAAAAAACAGUAUUACUCCAACAAGAUAAAAUACUAUUAACAAUGAAAAUGUCAAUAACUAAAAUAAUAUCAAUUACAAAACUAAUAGCAAUUAAAAAAAUAAAUAAUAAUAAACUUUCAUUGCUUAAGUAUGCAGUAAUAAAAAAAAUCCAACAACUUAUAUGGAAACUUUUAAUAUCUUAAAAUAGAAACUUGAUAAUAACAACAUAUAAUCAAAUUAGACAUCAGGAAAAAAAUAAAAUGAAAAAUCAAUUAAUGUUUCCCCUCUCAAAUCUCCAAAAUCCAAAAUUGAAAACACAAAAUACAUACCUAACUAAACGAUUGAUGAUGCUACUUAGUAAAAUAUAUAUAAAUCGCUUUUGCAAAAGGAAUAGAUAUGGAAUGAUAUAAUCAUUUUGAUAGAUAAUCCUAAUCAAAUGACUUUGGCUACAAAGUGCACUUAGUUGUAAAAGUUAAUCAGAAUGAUCAGUGAAAAACAUCAUAGUGAAUAUUUAUUUAGAAUAGAACCUCAAAUACUUGAGAUAUUUUUGUUUGAAUCCUUUGCCUGUUAUCUAUUAGUUAGCGAUUACUUACAGGAUCAAACUAAUGAAGAUCAGAACAUCAAGAAUUUGAUUUAGUAUAUAAUCAAUAGCAAUCUCUAUGUGCUGUAAGUAUUGGAGAAUGUGACAAACAAUUCAUUAAAUUUGAAUUUAUUAAAACAGAGAAUCGACUUAAGAACCUUCAAUAUUCGUAAGGUUUGUCCUAAAGGGAAACAGGCUUUACAAAAGAACAAUUUUAUCAUUAAGUCAAUUUUGGGAUUGAUGUACUUUAUCUAAUCAAUAUAAAAGUCCAAAAGGAUUGACGAAAUAACACGCCCCGAAAUUUUUAUGAUUUUGUCCAGAAUAACCUCCACUCCAGACUAAUACAUACUGCAAUUGAAAAAAAUAAAUUCUCAGAUCGAACAAAUUAUGCCACUUGAUUUAGAACGGGCUUUGGCUGCUUCAAAUAAAGACUACACUUUGGUUCUAGACCUAGAUGAGACAUUAGUUCAUUAUCAAGAAGUAAACCAAUACACUAUUAAAAAGUUUCCAAAAGGAGGAGGACAGUUUCUGGUGAGGCCUUUUGCAGAGGAAUUUUUAGAUUCAUUAUCAAAAUACUAUGAGAUAUUUAUAUUUACUGCUGCUCUUCCAGAUUAUGCCAAUUUCAUAAUUGAUAUUAUUGAUAAAAAGGGAGUGGUUAAAUAGAGAUUAUACAGAGAUAAAACUAUCUUUAAGGAUUAAGUUUAUAUUAAGGAUCUCUCAAUUCUAAAUCGAAGUCUAGCCAAGGUUAUAAUUGUUGAUAAUAUGCCAGAAAACUUUUAGUUACAACCUGAGAAUGGAAUUUACAUUUAAAGUUGGUUUGGGGAUACAAAGGACAAGGCAUUAAAAGAUUUGUAACCUUUGUUAGAAUCCAUUAAAAAAUGCAAGGAUGUAAGAGUGGCAUUGAAUUAGUUUAGAGAACAAAUGAUUGAGAGAGUUUAAAUGGGAAUUAAAAAUCCAUAUUAAUAUCUUUAAUUAAAUUGA